AUGGCGCCCAAGCCCAAGUCCAAGAAGGCGGCCGCCUCCGCCUCGGACGACUCCGAGAAUGAGACUCCCAACGUGGCCCAGGUCCCGGCCGCCGCCGCCGCCAAGCCCGUCGACUCGAGCCGCCUCGUGUUCGGCGUGGACCUGGACGACCCGCGCGACGCCGAGGACGACGAGACGGCGCUGGCCCCCGUGGCCAAGUACGCCAUCCUGGCCAUGAUCUGCCUCAUGUCCUUCUCCAUCCGCCUCUUCGCCGUCGUGCGCUACGAGUCCGUGAUCCACGAGUUCGACCCGUACUUCAACUUCCGCACGACCAAGUACCUGGCGUCCGAGGGUUUCCUCGAGUUCCUGGACUGGUUCGAUGACCGCGCGUGGUACCCGCUGGGUCGUAUCAUCGGCGGCACCAUCUACCCCGGCCUCAUGUACACGGCGGCGCUCGUGUACUGGGUGCUGAACCUGUUCAACAUUUCCAUCAACGUGCGCAACACGUGCGUGUUCCUGGCGCCGCUGUUCGCUGCCAACACGGCGAUCGCCAGCUACCUGCUGACCAAGGAGGUGACCAAGCGCUCGAGCGCCGGCCUCCUGGCCGCCGCCUUCGCGGGCAUUGUGCCGUCGUACAUCUCUCGCUCGGUCGGCGGCUCGUACGAUAACGAGGGUGUCGCCAUUUUCGCGCUGAUCUUCGUCUUCUACCUCUGGAUCAAGGCCGUGCACACGGGAUCCAUGUUCUGGUCGGCUGCCUGCGCGCUGGCGUACUUCUACAUGGUGGCGGCUUGGGGCGGCUACGUGUUCAUCAUCAACAUGAUCCCGAUCUACGUGCUGGUGAUGAUCUUCGCUGGCCGAUACACCCCGCGCCUGUACAUUGCCUACUCGACGUUCUACGCGCUGGGCAGCCUCAUGGCCAUGCAGGUGCCUUUCGUCGGCUUCAACGUCAUCAAGCAGGCCGAGUGCGCCGGCUCGCACGGCGUCUUCGUGCUGCUGCAGGUGUACUGCUUCGUCAACUGGCUGCGUAACUACAUUUCGGCUGCGUCGUUCCGCCGCCUGGUACUCGUGGGUGCCGGUCUGCUGGUCUCGGGCGUUGCGCUCGCUCUGGUGGUGCUGCAGCUGAUGGGCAAAGUGCAGUGGACGGGUCGUAGUCUGACCCUGCUGGACCCGACCUACGCGUCCAAGUACAUCCCUAUUAUUGCCUCUGUGAGUGAGCACCAGCCCACGACCUGGACGUCCUACUUCUUCGACCUGCACGUGCUGGUGCCCUUCGCGCCCGUGGGUCUCUACUUCCUGUUCCAGAACCUGACGGACGGCGGCAUUUUCGUCAUCCUGUACGGCACGGUUGCCUGGUACUUCGCCGGUGUCAUGGUGCGUCUUAUGCUUACGCUGGCCCCCAUUGCCUGCAUCCUUGGCGCCGUGGGUAUUUCCUCCACGCUUCGCAAGUUCAUGGGCGUCCUGGCCCGUCCGUCGACGUUCGUUGUGCAGAAGGACGGCGUGCAGCCUGUGCCCAAGCUCCUCGCUCUGGGUGUUGUGGGCGGCCUACUGCUUAUGAUGCUGAGCUACACGUUCCACGCUACGUACGUGUCCUCGAUGGCCUACUCGUCGCCGAGUAUUGUGAUUGAGGCUGGCCGCACCCGCACGGGUGAGCGCGUGAACUUCGACGACUACCGUGAGGCGUACUUCUGGCUGCGUCAGAACACCGACGCCAACGCCAAGAUCAUGUCGUGGUGGGACUACGGCUACCAAAUGUCGGCCAUGGCUAACCGCACGGUCAUCGUGGACAACAACACGUGGAACAACACGCACAUUGCUACGGUUGGCCGUGCUCUGGCCUCGUCGGAGGAGGACGCGUACCCGAUCCUGCAGAGUCUGGACGUGGACUACGUCCUAGUCAUCUUCGGCGGUGUGACUGGCUACAGCUCGGACGACAUUAACAAGUUCCUCUGGCCUGUGCGUAUCGGCUCCGGUGUGUACCCCGACGACAUGCCGUCCGAGCGCGAUUACUACUCGGCCGCGGGCAGCUUCGACGUGGGUCCGGGUGGCUCGAAGGUGCUGCACAACUGCCUGGCCUACAAGCUGUGCUACUACCGCUUCGGCGAGGUGAUGACGGACUACCAGCGUCCUCCUGGCUUCGACCGUGCUCGUAACACGGAGGUGGGUGUGAAGAACAUCAAGCUUACGCACCUGGAGGAGGCGUUCACGUCCGAGCACUGGAUCGUGCGUAUCUUCAAGGUGAAGAAGCAGCCCAACGUCGAGCCCACGACUGCCGUCAAGAAGGCGCGUCUGUCCGAGGCUGCAGCUGAGGAGAAGGAUAUCUCGAAGGAGAAGACCCGCUUCCUGGGCUGCACGACGGGCGAGGACAUGCUGGGCAACGACCGCGUGUACGCCGGCGGUCCCAGCGGCGCCAACUUCAACCUUGCUCUGCACCACGCCAAGGAGAAGAGCAAGCGCUACUUCGCUAUCGCCCGUGUCGCCGGUGAGGGCCACGCGUUUGCCUUCAACAAGCUCCCCGUGACCGAAGCGGACAUGGACGGCAACGACGAGGGCUGCAUGCGCGCAUGCAAGGACUCGAACUCGCACUCGUGCGGCUGUGCCGACGCUGGCUGCACGGACAUGAACGUGGGUCCGGGCAAGGGCCAGGAGCACAACCGCCGCUGGGCCGUCUACGAGCGCGAGAUGAACUAA